CUUGCUGCUGAGCCAGAGGGAGGUGCGAGAGAACGAGUUCAACUAGAGGAAGGUGGAAAGGAAACGUGAAACGCCUUGACAACAAUCUCUUCAGUUUGCGUGAUUAGAAUGGAGAGAACGUACACUGUUUAACAACGAUAGGUAUUCCCCCUCAACUACUUUUCUUUAAGGAUUUACUUUGAUACGCCUGGCUAGUCCCUUCCACUUUCUCAGAGGCUGAAACCACUGAACAAGAUCCGAAAGGAACGUCACGCUGGUGGAAAGAAAAACACUUCACAGAUUUCUGUGGCGAAAAGUGGAUUGUUCCGUUGUUUUUAGGAUAUUUAUGACUUCCGAGGGAAGUUUAAAAAAUAAAAAUAACCUAUUGGAGCAUUGCACCAGACAGACGCUGUGAUUUUUGACAACUGCCCAACCUGCCGUGUGAGUUUUACUAUGAAUGGAAUGUCGUGACCAGAACAUCGGAAUCUGAAGCAACUCCAAAGGAAUCGUGUCUGGAUCCAGUCGAUCUUAUUAACUCUCAAUAGCCUAUAGACUUAUCGAUCGGAUCCUGCGGUUUGGUUUGAAUAUCGGAUCAAUAUAAGUUAUAUUGCGUAUUCACUGAGGAGGAGAGGAUGAGCGGGGGAGCGGACGUGGUGUGCGCCGGCUGGCUGAGGAAGUCACCGCCGGAGAAGAAGUUACGGCGCUAUGCGUGGAAGAGGCGUUGGUUUGUUCUGAGGAGUGGUCGACUGACCGGAGACCCUGACGUUCUAGAAUAUUACAAACAUGACCACGCACGCAAACCCAUACGCAUCAUCAACAUGAGCCUCUGUGAACAGGUGGAUGCAGGCCUAACCUUUAAUAAAAAGGAUUGGGACAGUAGCUAUGUGUUUGACGUGCGGACUGUGGAGAGGGUUUUCUACCUGGUGGCCGACAGUGAGGAGGACAUGAACACAUGGGUCAGGUGUAUCUGUGACCUGUGUGGAUUCAACCCUACUGACCAUGAUAGACCCACCGUCACCGCCCAAACCCCUACAGUCACAGUCACCACAGGCCACGCCCCCGUCUCCACGGCGACCACCGUCAUGGCCCCGCCUCACCUGGAAUCAGUUAGCAGUCAGGAGGACGGAACAGAGUACCUGUGGCUGUCACACUGCCAGAGCAAGACACCACACAGGCCUCCAGGUAGUUCCUACCACUCCACCUCCUCUGACACAACAGACUACAAUGAAAACACUCUCCCAUCCCACUGGCCUCCUCCCUCUUCUUCCUCCUCCUCCUCUUCCUCACCCUCCUCCCUCGCUAAAGGCCUCCCCCAUCACCCCCACACCGGCCCCUGGGCCGUCACCACGGAGACCAACACUUUUAGCCAAUCGCAGGACAGCGUGUUAACCCCUGAACUCCAUAGGGGCUGGACUAGGGGUCACCCGUCCCCCCACCCGAGAAAACACUCCCUCCAGCUGCAGGCUGUGUCUCUCCCUCCCAUCUGUCAUGACAUGGUCUUCAACACAGGGAUAAGCACUAUAAACACUAAAUCACACAGUUUGAAUUCUAAUAGCAACACAACUUACCAGGUACCCUCCUCUACUCCUACCGCAAGCUCACCCAUACCAGGUCAGGGUGACUCCUCCACCCCUCCACCACGCCCCCCCAAACCCCUGGUCUCUGCCCCAGCCGAGGUGUCUUCUCUGGCCACUCUGUCGGCCUCACUCCACCGGUCUGCUUCGGAACCAGAGAGGAGCUAUGGAGGAGGAAGAGGUAGAGGAGGAGAAGGACAGGGAGGAAGGGGAGAAAGAGGCAACAAUCCCAGAGCACCUCGUUGUAACACUAUAGCUACCUCACACACAGGUUCCCAGCAGAGCUAUGCUGUACCAAGGUCCUUCUCUGACCAGACCAGAGCCAGCAUGUUUGAGUUUAGCGACAGCUACAACAGCUACUUUAUGAAUAAAGGCAUGGUACCAUUAGGUGAAAUGUGUCCGGGAAAGGGAGAUAUCGAUGAGAACUAUGUUCCCAUGAAGGCUACCGACACCUCCCUCGUCUCCCUACCUCCUCCCUCCUUCCCCGACCCCACCUCCCUCAUCUCCCUACCUCCUCCCUCCUUCCCCGACCCCACCUCCCUCAUCUCCCUACCUCCUUCCCUGACCCCACCUCCCUCGUCUCCCUACCUCCCCCACUCCUUCCCCGACCCCACCUCCCAGGACCCUAACUAUGUCACUAUGACCCCAUGCCCUGGAGAAUUGCCUUCUCUGGGGAGACAGGUACCCCCGCCUGCACACCUGGGGUUCCGCUCCUCCCCCCACAACCCCCACACACGCCCCUCUCGCAGACACACCACUGGGGGAGGAGGGGGAGACACCCAACCACCACCCAUUCACCGCAACCUCAAACCCCGGAAAGGUUUCAGCCCCAUGUCCCUCCACCCAAAACCCCUGGGCUUGGAGAGAACUGACUCACAGACUGUUGGAGAGUUCACACGGGCAAGGAGAUGUCGGGGUAUGUACUAUGACUGGUUGGUGUUUCAGAAUAAAAGUCCUCACCUUUUGUUUAUGUGUGUCAGUCCGUCCAGCUGCUACACGUGUCCGUCCGAUAGACCCUCCACCUGCCAAAGCUCUGCCUCCAGCUCAGACUCGGACGACCCAGACGACAAUUACGUUGCCAUGACAACCUCCAACAUAGCCCUCGCCACCGUCGUGUCGACCCUGCGUGGGGACAACCCCAUGGUCUUACGGAGGCCUAGAGGGGACAAACAGGUUGAGUACCUGGACCUGGACUUACACACUGGUAGAGUGGCCACACCCCCACGACAGAAAAAGAGUGUGUUGGGUGGCUCGAUGGGUUCGGGCGAAGGUGAGCGUGCACGUGAAGGAGAGCGUGCACGUGAGCGUGUGGACUAUGUGGUCGUUGAUCCUGAGAGAACCAGAGCUCUGAAAAGUACCAGGGAGGCGUGGCACGACGGGAGACAGUCUACUGAGAAGGACAAAUAACACACGCACACACACUGAACAGACACACAAUGAACAGAUACACAGACACACUAAACAGUCACACAUACACUGAACAGAUACACACAGACACACA